AUCAGGCAGUUAGGGGAUUUAUCGCCUCCUUCCCUGAGCUUGCACUUUUCUUCAGUUGCUCUGAUCUGCUUUGAUCGACUCCGGGUACGGGGCUGCGUUAUCGAUUAAAAAAAGAGAAAGCCUGGGCCCCCUUCCUCCUUCCUCCACCCCACUUAACUUCGUUUAAAAAUUGACUUCAGGGGAGGACCAAAGACGUGCUUUCUGCCCCGGCGAUGAACCGUUUACUUAACCAUAAUCGAUAAGGCAGCUGCAUUCCAGCUGAAUUCUGAAGAUUGAUCCAAAGGACUGUGUUAAUUUCAGGAAUUGAUUUGAAAGACAUUGGCUCUGCCACUUAACAGCCAUGUAACCUUAGUGAGCCAUUAAUAGAGCCAGCACAUACCCCAAGCAACAAGAGUGGCCCCGCCAAGCUCCUUUCCUUCCCCUGGAACUACGCUCAGCAUCUCAGCAUCAAGGCGCCAGAGUUUUGAACUGUGUCUAUAUGGAAGAAAGCAGCAGUGUUGCCAUGUUGGUGCCAGAUAUUGGAGAGCAGGAAGCUAUAUUGACUGCUGAAACUGUCAUCAGUUCAUCAUUGGAAAUUGAUGAACAAAGAAAAGUUAAGACAGAUCCAUUGAUCCACGUUAUCCAGAAGUUAAGCAAGAUAGUAGAACAUGAAAAGUCACAAAAAUGUCUCUUAAUUGGGAAAAAACGUUCACGUUCAAGUGCCACAACACACUCUCUUGAAGCCCAAGAACUUUGCGAGAUUCCAGCUAAAGUAACCCAGUCACCUGCUGCCGAGAUUAGGAGGGCUGAGAUGUCACAGAUACAUUUUACCCCUGGCUCUCUUACCCAGAACGAUGGGAAGGCUAUGUCUUACCAAUGUAGCCUUUGCAAGUUUCUGUCAUCAUCAUUCUCUGUGUUAAAAGAUCAUAUCAAACAGCACGGUCAGCAGAAUGAAGUGAUACUAAUGUGCUCAGAGUGCCAUCUUACAUCUAAAAGCCAAGAGGAACUUGAAGCUCAUGUGGUAAAUGACCACGAAAACGAUGCCAACAGUCAUGCUCAAUCCAAAGCCCAGCAGUGUGUAAGCCCCUCCAACGCUUUAUGUCAGAGACCGACAGAAAGAAAGAAUGAAACCACUUCUGACAUCGCAGUGACUGCAGACAGUCCGAAAACUCAGACUGCCCAAAAUGCAUCCGUGGCAGAAAUGGGUAAGAGGAAGUGGUAUGCAUACGAACAGUAUGGCAUGUAUCGAUGCUUGUUUUGUAGUUAUACCUGUGGCCAGCAGAGAAUGUUGAAAACACAUGCUUGGAAGCAUGCCGGGGAGGUUGAUUGCUCCUAUCCAAUCUUCGAAAAUGAAAAUGAGCCCCUAGGCUUGCUGGACUCUUCAGUGGUUGCUGAGCCCGGUGGGCUGGAUGCAGUAGUCAUUGCUAUUGGAGACAAUGAACUGAGCAUCCACAACGGGCCUUCAGUACAGGUGCAGAUUUGCAGCUCAGAAACCUUAUCCUCUUCAUCUCCUUUAGAACAGAGUGCGGAAGGCAGAGUUCAUCUAGGUCAGUCAGUUACUCUUGACCCUAACGAGGAAGAAAUGUUGGAGGUGAUCUCUGAUGUAGAGGAGAAUCUGAUUGCUGAUAGUCUACUCUCAUCUGCACAGAAGAUCAUUAGUAGUAGCCCAAAUAAAAAAGGUCACGUUAAUGUGAUAGUGGAGCGUCUGCCAAGUGCUGAAGAAACUCUUUCACAGAAACAUUUCCUCAUGAAUACUGAAAUCGAAGAGGGAAAAGACCUGAGCCCAACAGAAUCCCAGAUUGGGUGUGAAGGACGAGAUGAAGUUUAUCAUGCUGAUAAGUGUACCGUUGAUAUCGGGGGGCUGAUCAUAGGCUGGAGCAGUCCGGAGAAGAAAGACAGUGAGUUAAUAAACAAAGGACUGGCUGCAGACGAGAAUGCCCCUCCAGGCCGAAGAAGAACAAAUUCGGAGUCUCUCAGACUACACUCGUUAGCUGCAGAAGCCCUUGUCACGAUGCCUAUAAGAGCUGCAGAGCUGACGAGGGCCAACCUCGGGCACUAUGGGAAUAUAAACCUUCUAGAUCCGGAUACGGGACAAAGGCAAGUGGAUAGUACAUUGGCAGCAUAUUCUAAAAUGAUGUCACCACUUAAAAACUCUGCAGAUGGAUUAACCACUUUUAACCAAAGCAACUCUCCAUUGGUAGCGCUCCCCGAGGGUAGGCAGGAGUUGUCAGACGGGCAGGUGAAGACAGGCAUCAGCAUGUCUUUACUGACUGUAAUCGAGAAGUUGAGGGAGAGGACAGACCAAAAUGCUUCAGAUGAUGACAUUUUGAAAGAGUUGCAGGACAAUGCCCAGUGCCAACCUAACAGCGAUGCCACUUUGUCGGGAAGCAAUGUAGUAGAAUACAUCCCAAAUGCUGAUCGGCCCUACCGCUGCCGCCUCUGUCACUACGCCAGUGGUAACAAAGGUUACAUCAAGCAGCACCUGCGAGUCCAUCGACAGCGACAGCCGUAUCAGUGUCCCAUCUGUGAGCACAUAGCUGACAACAGCAAAGAUCUGGAGAACCACAUGAUCAACCACUGUAAAACAAGAAUAUACCAAUGCAAGCGAUGUGAAGAAUCUUUUCAUUAUAAGAGUCAACUAAGGAACCAUGAGAGAGAGCAACACAGUCUUCCAGAUACCUUGUCAGUAACAACUUCUAAUGAGUCGAGAAUUGCCGUUGAUACAGCUGAUGGGAAAUGUGUUCAAGAAGGGAAUAAGUCUUCAGUCCAGAAACAGUAUAGAUGUGAUGUGUGCGAUUAUACAAGUACAACAUACGUUGGUGUCAGAAACCACAGACGAAUCCAUAAUUCUGACAAGCCAUACAGGUGCUCUCUGUGUGGGUAUGUAUGCAGCCAUCCUCCUUCUUUGAAGUCUCACAUGUGGAAGCAUGCGAGUGACCAAAAUUACAACUAUGAACAAGUGAACAAGGCAAUCAAUGAUGCCAUUUCACAGAGUGGCAGAGUUCUGGGGAGGUCCCCUGCAAAGACGCUCUUAAACAGCAGUGAGGAAAGAGCCGAUCCUGUCACUGGAAGUUCGGAAAAUUUGAUAUCCUCCUCAGAGCUGAUUUCCCAGGCUCCUGGUGAAGUUGUAGGUUCCAACGACAAUGAGAAAUUGAACCCUACAAGUAAUACCUCGUACAGUUUAGAAAAAAACUCCAGUCUGGCCCCUCCCAGUAUGGAGUAUUGUGUUUUACUCUUCUGUUGUUGUAUUUGUGGCUUCGAAUCUACCAGCAAAGAAAAUCUCCUGGAUCAUAUGAAAGAGCAUGAGGGUGAGAUCGUAAACAUCAUCCUAAACAAAGACCACAACACUGCUUUAAACACAAAUUAGAUUGAAUACUUGAAGAGGAACAUGGUAGAAGAGAAAUCCUUUAAAGCACGGUUUCACCUUUGCGCUAUCAAAUAACUUGCUAGGCACAGAAAAAAUAGUUGGUGUGGUGUUUGGGUUUUGGGUUUGGGGUUUUUUUGUUUUGUUUUUUGUUUUUUGUUUUUUGGUUUUUUUUUGUUUGUUUUUUUGUUUAUGAGGAAGAGACGCAUGUGACUUUGGAACCAAAUUUGCAGUGUAAUAAAAAAAAUUCCUAAUGUUUACUCGGUAAUGAUAUUUAAAUAUUCUGAGUGAAGGAAGUGGGUUGAGGAGGAAGCAAAGAUGUAACCCUGUGUUAGCCCUGUUACCUCUUCUUAGUGUUGAGUGUAUUUAUUAUUCAAAGCUUAUCAUAGUGUAGAAGUGCAAGCAAAAGAAUUAAGAAAGAGCUUUUCCAGAACUAUUCUAAACCUUCUUGUUACAAAAGUGUCACAGUCUUAAGCAAAGCUUAGUUUUCUCCAUCACUCUGAGCUUGGACAUGCCAACUCUAGAGAGACGGGCCCCUUGUGUGGGCUGAGAGGCCACUCCCUGAGGGGUUUUCAUGAUCACCAACAGAGUCAGUCUACGGCCAUACCACCCUGAACGCGCCCGAUCUCGUCUGAUCUCGGAAGCUAAGCAGGGUCGGGCCUGGUUAGUACUUGGAUGGGAGACCAACAGAGUCAACAAGGAAAAGAUCACCGGAGGGCUUUGAAAUGAUCUACCUAAUAAACCUUUCUCCAGAUCAGUAGGAAUUAAUCAUAUAUUCAAUCUAAGAUACAUUACUUCUUAAAAAAAGAGACCUCUGAAUCCAAAUCCAGAUUGUAAAUAGGCAUUUAGGAAGUAAAUUAGUGUGUUAAGUUUACAGUGAAUUUCUUGUGGGCAAAGGAGAAAAUAGUUGAAUUCCCACCAGCCUCAAACCAAAUCAGAAGGUUCGUGAGGAUGGGGACUCCUUUGGCACAGCACAUUUCCCAGAGGCUCUUUGCAAGUGUUUGACAGAACACUGCAAUUUUCUCCGCAGCUACACAGGCUUCAUAAUCCUGUCUCCUACACUAGACCAAGCGUGUUACCGCCAAGGUCUAUUCAACCAACACAGUAUGAAAAUUUGCACUUGAUCAUCAGACCUUGGAAAUACUUGGCUCUCUUAAAUAAAAAUCAUUUGAGGGAAGAGGGGAGAAAUUCAAAAGCCCCUUAAAAUGAGUACCGCUGUUGAGAUUUUACUUCCUGGAGUUUAUCAAUCUAGUUGUACUUAGCAUAAGAGGUAUAAUCAGAUGUGGCUAAAUUAUAGUAAAAAUUCAGGUUGUUUAUAAAGCUUUUGAUAACCAACAACAUUUGGCAAGGCUGCAGGGUUUCUCCCAUGUAGAGUAUUCCAUCCUGUUAGUGCGCGGUGGGACGUACAGAGAGUUAACUACCAGUGCUUCCACAUUAAAACUCGCCAUCAAAUAGAUGUCAUCUUCUCAUUAAUUCCACAUUCUGCAUUAUAAAUGUAUUUCAAAGUGAAGAGAGCAGGGAUGUUUUUAUUUUUGUUUUGGCUUUUGUAGUACUGAUCAUUUAUUUUUGCAUCAUUCUGUCAAAGUAAAUCCUGCGUACAAGUCUAAAGGCCCGUGCGCCACACAGUGCACCAUCUUCACGGUGCUCUUUCCGAACCUGAUGUCUAACACCUUCCAGUGCUGAGGCUGUAGACUCUGAUAAACUCAGAAGACAUUGAAAACAGAAUUUUUUGAAUGGAAUACUCUACAGACACAUUUUAGGAAGGAAUUCCCUUCCCGAAGUCCAGGUGUGGAUUGAAUAAAUUAAUAAUACUUUUAAGAUAGCAUCAGGAACUCCUUAGGUGGGGCCAGGCCAUCUUGAAACUUGAAAUUGUUUAAUUUUUUUUUUAAAUCUCAUUUUGAUGAUGAUAUUUAAGCAGACAGAAUUGACCGUAACUUCGCAGCUGUUUGAUUUAGGUAGCUUUAAUUUAUUUAUGAGAGUUACUCUGUUUCUGAUAAGUGGUCUUUAAAAAGAUAAAACGAAUUUAUAUAUACUAAAUUAUAUAAUCCAGAUUCACUGCAUGUGGAUUUAUAUGUUUUCUUGUUUUCAGAAUUAAAACACAAUUAUAUUUCAUUUCAAAUUUAAAUAAAUAUUCUAUAUAGUUCCAUUUUUAUCACUCACUCUGAAAAUUAACAACCUUUAGUAGCAGGAUUUUGUUUUAUAAAGUUUCCUUGGUUUUAAUUGCAUGUAAUCAUUUAGAAAAUACUAAUAACCAAAAAAAUCCCAAAAACAUCAAUAGUAAAUUUUUAAAUUACCUUCAGUUCCCUAAACGACUUCUUUUGAUUCUAAAAUUUUCCAUUUAGAAUCAUGGACUUAAAAUUUACCUAACUCAUGAGGAAAAUAUUAACCCAGAAGUUCAAAACCUUUCAGUGUUCGUCUGAUUCUACCCUAAAAUAUCCCUAAACUCCUCUACGGCUAUAGGAGGAACCAUAUACCAUGGACCUUCUGUACCUUCUGGUUGCCAUUUUGCGGCAAGCCUUAAGUGAACAGUGUCUCUACCAAGAACAAUUGAACAUUUCUAAAAGUAAUAAUGAAGGCUAAGUAUGCAAGUUUAGUUGUAGAAGAGAUAGGUAUUACAAUAAUCAGCAGGAAUUCUCUUGAUAGGCAUAACGUUUUACUUACUGGUAGUAGAUCUUUUGCCCUGUAAAGCUCAUAGUAUUUGCUUUCUACUCAAACACUUUAUGGUUCUAAGAUAGUAAAAAUAGUUUUUAAAAGAAACAUACUGGAUGUGAGGCCAAGGUGGGGAGGGGGCAAGACGACGCAUUCUGAUCGUCACAAGUAAUACUUUCCAGGGGGCCAACAUUUUCUCUCCUCCUCUGAUAGCCUAGAACAUGGUUGGUGGCCCCAGCGUUCUCAAUGGUGGCUGCGUGCGGACUUCAGUUCUGUGUCCAGCCAGUGCAGUGUGGGGACACUGACAGAAGCCUUGUUCUAGAUCUCUCAUACUAUUCAAGGUAGCUGUUGGUGGCUUUGUUAUUUUCUCCAUCUUUUCUCACAAAGCAGAUGGUGGGCACCCAUGUUUACAUUGUAUCUUCCCACAAUGUACUUGGCUUGACAAAGACAACAGGCUUCUCUAUUGAGACUUAUUAUAUUUUUAGUUUUCAUAGACACUUAUUUAAUCUUUUUUUAUUGUACAGCAAGGUGCUCUAAGUAAUAUUCUAUAAAAUAUAUUUAAUAGAAAUUUGAGUUUGAUAUUCAUGGACAUGAAUACAUGUAUUUUUUUAAGAAAUGAGUAUUGUGUAACACUAUGGCAUUGCUUCUAUAGCCAAAGUCUAAAAAUUUCUGGAACACUGACAUGUAAAGACUACAGUUAAUUCUGACACUGUAUCUUAUUAAAAUAGGAUGAUUUGCAUUUUGUAAAAUUAUCCUGCACAUCAAGCUGCAUGCCUUAAAGCCUAAAACUCUAGGAUUGUGUUCAUGGUAGAACAGUUUAUCUGUUCAACAAACAGUGAAGCAAGGUCUAUAGUGCUUCUUUAACUACCUUUGGAAAUACUGUACAAUGUUAGAAUAAUUUAUUUUGCUUUACAGGAGUUUGUCAUGUAUUGACUUUAAUAUUGUAUUUUGGUAAUAAAUUUUUUGUUAAAAA